UUAGGAUGAGUCACCCGGCUGGCCAGUAGCUACUGGAGGGAUUCUCCACGUGUGACUCGGUUGCAUUAUUACAAAAUGUGGCUGGAUAGACGUGCCUGCUGUCUUCACCGAGGUUCACUUGUCAUGCUGCCUUGAGGAGAUGAGGAGAUGAGAGCCAAUUGUUCCAGCAGCUCUGCCUGCCCCGCCAACCGUUCGGAGGAGAAGCUGCCGGCGGGCUUGGGGGCGCACGGGGGCCUGGAGCUCGUCUUUACUGUGUUGUCUGCGGUCAUGGUGGGGCUGCUGAUGUUCUCCCUGGGAUGCUCUGUGGAUGCCCGGAAGCUGUGGUGCCACAUCAGGAGACCCUGGGGCAUCGCCGUGGGACUGCUAUGCCAGUUUGGGCUCAUGCCGUUGACAGCCUACCUCCUGGCCCUCAGCUUCUCUCUGAAGCCCAUCCAGGCCGUGGCUGUUCUCAUCAUGGGCUGCUGCCCAGGGGGAACGAUCUCUAAUAUUUUCACUUUCUGGGUUGAUGGAGAUAUGGAUCUCAGCAUCAGUAUGACAGCCUGCUCCACAGUGGCUGCCCUGGGGAUGAUGCCACUCUGCCUUUAUCUCUACACCCGGUCCUGGAAUCUUGAACAGAACAUCACCAUACCAUAUCAGAACAUAGGAAUUACCCUUGUGUGCCUGACCGUUCCUGUGGCCUUUGGAGUCUAUGUGAAUUAUCGGUGGCCAAAACAAUCCAAAGUCAUUCUCAAGAUCGGGGCCAUUGUUGGUGGGGUGCUCCUUCUGGUGGUCGCAGUUGCUGGUGUGGUACUGGCGAAAGAAUCUUGGAAUGCCGACAUCACCCUUCUGACCAUCAGUUUUGUCUUUCCUUUGAUCGGCCAUGUCACGGGCUUUCUGCUGGCACUUUUCACCCAGCAGUCUUGGCAAAGAUGCAGGACGAUUUCCUUAGAAACUGGAGCUCAGAACAUUCAGAUGUGCAUCACCAUGCUCCAGUUAUCUUUCACUGCUGAGCACUUAGUCCAGAUGUUUAGUUUUCCAUUGGCCUAUGGACUCUUCCAACUGCUGGAUGGAUUUCUCAUUGUUGCAGCAUACCAGACAUACAAGAGGAGAUUGAAGAACAAACACAGAACAAAGAACCCAGCUUGUGCAGAAGGCUGCCACAAGAAAUCCGCUUCUUCCAGAGAGACCAGUGCUUUCUUGGAAGUGAAUGAAGAAGGUGCCGUGACUCCCGGGCCACCAGGGCCAAUGGAUUGCCACAGGGCUCUAGAACCAGCUGACCACCUCACCUUGUGUGAAUAGUGGGGACUUGCUGGCUAGACUGUCCCCUUUUUCCUCAGAGGCCAGUGAUGACAGUGUGGCACUGACGUGUGACCCUUGUUGGUGGGGCCUGUGUGAGUGUUCAGGUGUCACAUGUGAGAAUACUUAUAUUUUUGUGUGGCUUGUGAAUUGUGAUAGGAUCACUUUUUUGAGAAUGUGUUCCACCCAUUUCAGGGAGUUGCUUCUGGGAGUUUACAUGACAUAUUUACAAGCUGUCUGGAGUGUUCCUGGCGGUAGACAGCGACCCUCAUUAUGUGAAGUCAUGCUCAUGUGGAUUUUAAUCAAAAAGAGUUAGGACUGAGGGGAGACGCUGUCCCCUUGUGGUGCAGGCAAGGCACACCUAGGUUUUGCUUGACUUUGGACAGGUCCUUUGGAGCUCUGGGGAGGAAACACAGCUCUCCUAAUAAAGGGGGCACUGUUUUCAAAUAGUUGUUAUUUUUUAAGUGCCUGAAAAUCUUUUUUGAUUGCAGAUGUAUUACAAGCUUAGAGAAAAUGUAAAGAACACAGGGUUAAACAUGGAAUGCCCAGUAUUUUCACUCCCUAGAGACAGAUGGAAACGUGUCCUUCUAGGCCAUAUAUACACACACACAUAUAAUACAUAUGUAAUAAACAUAUUACGGGGACCCAAAAACGAUUUCUCUUUUGGGGGGCGGGUCCCUUGCAGUAUAGGCUUUCCCUGCUAGGUAAGUGUUCUAGUAAGUGUCUGGAAGUUUUGAGAAGGUUGUGUCAUGGGUUGCAGAAGAAACGUCCUGAGUUGUGACGUACAGGUGACUGGUUCUGCCACCAUGAUAAAGCACCUGCCCACAUCACGCUUAGUGCACAGCAAUUUUUGAUCAAAAAACGGCAUGACAUCCAUGCCUCACUCGCCCUAUUCACCCGAUCUCGUCCUGAGGGAUGGUUUUUUAUUUUCCUGGAUG